GCUCCGCGUCCUGCCUGCGAGUUACGCUUGUAGAGUCCCGGCAACUUCUCGCAUGCUCUACCGGCCUUCCGGUCUGCGUUACCCGCCGCUGCCCUGCCAUGGCUCAGCACUUCUCCCUGGGCGCCUGCGACGUGGUCGGCUUCGAUCUCGACCACACGCUGUGCCGCUACAACCUGCCCGAGAGCGCCCGGCUCAUUUAUAACAGCUUUGCUCAGUUCUUAGUCAAGGAGAAAGGAUAUGAUGAGGGGCUGCUCACUCUGACUCCAGAGGACUGGGAUUUCUGUUGCAAGGGUUUGGCAUUGGAUCUGGAAGAUGGGACCUUCAUUAAACUUGCAGCUGAUGGCACUGUGCUCAGGGCAAGCCACGGCACCAAGAUGAUGACUCCAGAGGCACUGACUGAAGCCUUUGGCAAGAAGGAGUGGAGGCACUGUGUGUCAGACAAACGCUGUACAUCAGACAAGCCCGGUGUGUCCGACAUUCCUUGCUGCUCAGGAAAGUGUUAUUUCUAUGAUAACUACUUUGACCUGCCGGGGGCUCUUCUGUGUGCCAGAGUGGUGGACUCUUUAACAAAGCAGAACAGAGGUCAAAAAACAUUUGAUUUUUGGAAGGAUGUAGUUGCUGGUAUACAACACAAUUUUAAAAUGUCAGCCUUUAAGGAAAAUUGUGGAUUCUUCUUUCCGGAAAUAAAAAGAAAUCUAGGCAAAUAUGUGCACCGCUGUCCUGAGUCUGUAAGAAAGUGGCUUCGACAGCUGAAGGACGCUGGGAAAAUUACUAUGUUGAUAACUAGUUCUCACAGUGAUUACUGUAAACUUCUUGGCAGUUACAUCCUUGGGGAGGAUUUUGCAGACCUUUUUGACAUUGUGAUUACAAACGCAUUAAAGCCUGGAUUCUUCUCACAUUUCCCAAGCCAGAGGCCUUUCUACACACUCGAGAAUGAUGAAGAGAAGGAUGAGCUGCCGUCUCUGGAUAAACCGGGCUGGUACUCCCAAGGGAACGCUGCCCACCUUUAUGAGCUUCUGAAGAAAAUGACCAGCAAGCCUGAACCCAAGGUCGUUUACUUUGGUGACAGCAUGCAUUCAGACAUUUUCCCAGCCCAUCACUAUACUAACUGGGAGACUGUCCUUAUUCUCGAGGAGCUUCAGGGGCCAGAAAUGGAAAAGCCUGAGGAAGCAGAGCCUCUGGAGAAAAGAGGAAAAUAUGAGGCACCAAUGGUAAAGCCUCUAAACACCUUGUCUAAUAAGUGGGGCUCAUACUUUAUUGACUCAGUCUCCGGACGGGGGAGGGCAGAAGACUCUGUGGUUUAUACAUGGUCCUCUAAGAGAAUCAGCACCUACAGUACGAUUGCAAUUCCAAACAUUGAAUCUAUUGCAGAGUUACCCCUGGACUACAAAUUUACAAGAUUUUCUACAAACAAUUCAAAAAUGGCUGGUUACUAUCCCUUGGUCCAUCAUACCUUGGGUUCUCAAGACACAGACAGCAAAAUAAUAUCUACUGAAAAAUGAACCAACCUAUGUUCAGUAGACAUACUGUUUAAAAAAUGUUAGUUUUCCACAACAAUGCAAAUGUUUUGUAAGAACAAUUUUUCAAUGAAAAUUGACCAAAUGGACACUUGUCAGUCUGUCUUUUUAAAAUAUAAGUAAUUUUAUAUAAAUCCUUUUAAUGUUUAACAGUUCUUAUUAUAUUAAUAUUUUUAGUACCCUAGACUAAAAGAGAACAUGACUGAUCUUUUCUAUGCUGGCCGUUUUGAGGAUUCUUCCAAGGUGAUAGACAAAUACAUGCAUCUACCUGGUCCAGCAGUUUCCAAGCCUGUCCACAGUCUAAUAGCAGAGCAGCAUAGAACUUGAAAAUGCAAAUCUGAGUGCUUCCUCCCAAACCUACGAAAUCAGAAACUUUGGGAGUGGGGCCAGCAAUGGCUUUUAAGCAAACUUCCAGUAAAUCGAAUGCUCUAUUAUGAUUUGAGACCUAGUAAGUAAACCCUGUUCUGAGUAUUCAUACUUUUAAUUGAAAGUGUAAUCUGAAUUGAUAACACCAAAGUCUAGGUUAUUGUUCCAGGCUAUUAGGCUUUUUGCUAUUUCUUUUUUCCCCCAAAAUACAUAAAGAGACAUGAUUUGUUAAGAUAAUAUUACCUCGUUCCUUAGUAUUAAUUUCUCACAUUAGGAAGAGUUAAAUUUAUACCUAUUAAAUUCAGCUUUGUCCUUGGAAAGGGAGCUGGAAGACACAGUUGCUUAGGUACACUUCAGGUUAGGAUAUGUUGUGCUCUGUGUGGUUUUGAUAAGUUAACAUGUGCAUCAGAUCAUGUAUAUAUAAGAUAUUCAGAUUCAGUUGAUGUUUUAUAAGUUCCUGGGUCCUCUUUUGCCUGUUAACUUCACUGUACAUAAAUGGAUGGGAUUAGAAAAUAUUAUCAUUAUUUUUGUCUUGGAAUUUAGCAUAUUAACAUGUGCACUGAAAAUUUUAUUUUCUUAAAAUUUCCAAAUAUUCAGAUAAAUCCUAACUGUACUAUGAAGAUGUGUUUCUCAGGGUAAUUAAAAAGGAAACAGAACUUAUUUCUUUACUAUCAGUAUAUUUGAUAUUGAUCAAUAAGAAUACAUAUACAGAGAUAUAUUUGAUAUCCAAAAUGUCAUUAGAGUAUUAUAAUGAGCGCAUGCAAUCAAGCCUAGGGCCAAAUAAAUGCUCUUAUCUAUCUAUUAUGUGCUUUAAGUAGAGAAUUCACUUUGCUUUAAAAUAAAGCUAUUUUUCCUUAUA